CAUGUGCUCAUGCGCGGCGGUGACGGCACCAGCAUGUGGGCUGACUUGAUGAAGAAUGGACAGGUCCGAGCCAGCGCCAUUGCUCAGGAUGCGGACCAGAACUACGACUACGCCAGCAACAGCGUCAUCCUGCACUUGGAUGUGGGAGAUGAAGUCUUCAUCAAGCUGGACGGCGGGAAGGUGCAUGGCGGUAACACCAACAAGUACAGCACCUUCUCUGGCUUCAUCAUCUACCCGGACUGAGCCGGGCCUCAUCCCCCACAUCCCUGCUCACCCUUCGCCUCCGCUCCUCUCCUCACCCACCUUCACCUGGCCCCACCCAAGGCGCCACCCCAUCCUUUGAGAACGUGGCGGUGGAGCGGACCCUCCCCCUCUCGGAGGUGGCCUUAGUGGGCGGACUCUUGAUGCUCCGGGGUAUAAGCGGCUGGGGAGCGGAGGAAGUGCAGAGCGGGAAGCAUCCGUGUGCAGGCAUGUGAUGAAAGCCAGGACAGGGGCGGAGGUCAUGCCCUCUCUUCUGCCGGGAGCUAGGGAACAGUUUCACUAGACGCAGCUCCGAGGUAUGGAAAGCAGAAAACAGAAGGGAAGCCCUGGCUUUUUCCGAGGGAGAAAACAGAAAUAGAAGGAGCCCAUCUAGGCAGGAGAAGAGACAUUAGGAUGGGGUAGGCACUGGUCCUCUGUCCUGACUUCUCUAGCCAUCCCCUCUUCCCCUCAUCUCCAUUUUCAGGCUCCAGGCUCUAGUCAUGGCGGCCUUCGUGUGAACUGGAGGAACAAGUUAAUUCUUUCCUAGCAUUUAAAAUUCAUCCUGUACAGCCCCCAUUUCACCCCGAUCCAGGUUAGGCCCUGGGGCUACAGCUGCUGUUGCCUCUUCCAAUAAAGUGAAG